AUGGCUCUUUAUUCGAAUUUUUCGAGAAUGUUUCGUGCUAGUAAAUUACUUGAAAGUCAGAGAGAGAAAUGGAAAAGGAAGGGUCGAGCCUAUUUAGCGCCGAUUCCAUUUCAUCGAUUGACAACGAACAACAUUAACAACUUGCAGUACUCUAAGCGAGCAGUUAAAGCUAUACUGAUUCUCUCUUACAAGCCCGAGUAUAAAGGGAGAAUUCACGAAAAUGACCGGUUAGUAAAAUAUACGGAACGUGAGAGUUUGUUCGAUGUUAUUUUGAUCGUGGGAAGAAUUUUUGUGAUAGGAUCUGUCGUUACCGGAUUGGCUAUCGCAUAUUUGAUCACACGUUUUACGCACGGAUAUGUUUUUCCCAUGGUGUUACGGAAAAGUAUCGAAUUUCUCGGACCGAUUUUUAUAAAAUUUGGUCAAUGGGCGUCUACGCGGAAAGACUUGUUUCCCGAAGAUAUUUGUCGUACGCUUUCGCAAUUGCAACGAACCGCUUCUCCGCAUUCUUGGAUUUAUACUAAAGAAUUGCUGAAAUGUGUAUACGGGUUGAAUUGGAGGGAUGUGUUCGUAAAAUUCGAACACGAAGUACCACUUGGAUCGGGGUGUUGCGCUCAGGUGUACAAGGCAUGGGUGGAUCUGAAUGCUCGAUUGGAAAUAACGCGAGAACCUCGAGUGUCUACGUUUGUUCAAAUUGUCGAAUAUUUGAGACUUGGUUCGUUGGUCGACUUAAUCGAGGGAACGUUGAACGGUGGUAAGGUCGAUGAAAUAGAAGAGAAUAAGGACGAGUCUAGCAACGGGCAGAGACUGCAACCUGUAGCGGUAAAAGUUUUACAUCCUGGAAUUAAAGGGCAACUAAGGAGAGAUCUUAGCAUAAUGAGAGGAAUUUGUAAAUGCGUGACAUACAUGAUGCCACAGUUGCAAUGGCUCAGUCUUACCGAUUGCAUCGACGAAUUUUCACAUAUAAUGGAAAAUCAAGUUGACUUGAACUUGGAGGAAGCGAACUUGAUUCAAUUUUCGAAGAAUUUUUCGGGAAAGGAAGAUGUUAUUUUUCCGCGACCGUAUACGAAUUUUACUCAACGCGAGAUACUGGUCGAAAGUUAUCACGAGGGCACCCCUAUUUCUGAUUACCUCGAUCGUGACAACGACCGCGACAACGACCGCGACAGCAAGUUUCAAGGGACAUUGGCGAAAAUAGGAAUAAAAACAAUCUUAAAAAUGGUUGGAGAUAAUAUAUUUUCAAUGGAUAGCGCAUCGAUGAAUUGGUGAUAGUUAAUAGGGUUAUCGGGGAAAUUACAGGUAUUCAAAGACAACUUCAUUCACUGCGAUUUGCAUCCUGGUAAUAUCUUGGUACAAAGGAACUGCGAGCCAGCUGCUGGAAGAAUUACCGGUUGGCUUUGGAAAUUUCUCGAUCGCAAUUACUUACCGAAUAAUCCACGUUUAGUCAUACUCGAUUGCGGUUUAGUAGUAUCUCUGAACGAUCGAUGUCGGCAAAAUCUUCGAGACGUGUUCCGUUCGGUACUUAUGGGCGACGGCGAGUUGGCGGCAGAGUACAUCCUGGAACAUAGUUCGCACGAGUCCCUCGAUCCGGAUGGUUUCAAGAGUGCAAUGAGAGACAUCGUAAAUUCGCAUCUUGGAAGUAGAGUGAACGUGAACGUAAGUACCGUUGUGGCUGAAUUGUUUUCCGCGAUGGUUCGGUACCGAGUGAAGCAGGACGGAUCCUUCAGCAGCGUAAUUCUUAGUAUGGUAGUGAUCGAGGGCCUCGGACGUAGCCUGGAUCCGAGUAUCGAUAUUUUCACGGAAGUUGUACCGUUCAUUUUUACAAGCAACAGAAACAUGUACGAGGAUUAA